AUGGUCAAACCACCAGGGUUACCAUCCGGAAGCAACAAUCGCCGAUUAGCCGAACGUCGACUGCGAAUGCAGAUCAACCGGUUCCGAGAGCAGUCGUCACUGCUAGAAAAAUACGACCAAGCAAUUUCAGCUUAUUUCAACGAUGAACAUGCGGAGAAAGUACAAGACGAGCAGCUGCUCAAGGACAACGUCUACUACAUGCCCCAUCACGCCGUGGUUCGUCGCGAUGCUGUUACGACGAAGCUUUGUGUCGUAAUUAAUGCGUCAUCGCACGAAGCCGGUCAUGUUUGCCUUAACGACGUACUCUCGAAAGGCGUGAAACUUGGUUCUGACGUCAUUCAGCUUCUACUGAAUUUUCGCUGCCACCCUGUGGUUCUCGCCGCCGACAUAAAGAAGGCAUACCUGCAGCUUCUUAUUCGGCCUGAAAACCGAGACCUGCUGCGGUUUUUGUGGCUGGAAAGUAUUAGCCAACGAAAGCGAAUGCCCUUAGAGGAACUUAAAUCUCUGGAAGAAAUGUUCGUCUCAGUGAACCAACCGUUCCCCACCUUGCACAAGGGACAGAACCGUGGAACUGCCAAGUGCUUCCCAAGAUGA